UUUUUAGAUAAGAGAUUUAAAAAUGAAAAUUGUAUUUCUUCUAACAUUGUUAGCUGUUGCAUUUGGCUAUGUCACAAUGGAACAUAACAACGGACAUGAAGUUCUCAGAGAACUUGAAGAGGGUAACCACAAUGUCUAUGUGAUCUUCUUCUAUGCUGAAGGAGUCGAAGGAAGCGACCUCGAUGCCAGAAAUAAUGAUUACGAAGAAACUUUAAUCACAAAAGUCCUUGAUGACUAUCCCGAAUUCCACUAUGCUAAGAUCGAUGCUAGAAGCAGCGACUACGAAGAACUUGUCAGCACUGUCGGAGUCAACGUCAACGAGCUGCAAAAGUCUCCGAGUAUUCUCAUCAUGGAGCAUGGUAAUGGCGCAUGGAUUCACGGCCCAGAAACGAUUUCUAAAAUUGCUGAAUACUCUCCAGCCUACAGCACCAGAAGCAAAAACUCAUAAAUUAAUCGGACUUGGAAGCCCAGAUAAGAAGUAAUUUUAAAAUUG